UUCAGACGUCACUCAUCUCACUUUUCUCCAUCUCAAAUCAAGGCAUCAUUGUUCCGGUGAUUUUCCCCCCAAUUUUUUGGGGCAAAUUACAGCGAUUGAUGGGGAAAGGAGGGCAGGGCGCUGGGAAGAAAACAGGUUUAGAUGAUAGAAUGGCGUCAGAGAAUGGAGUAUUUCCAGCAUGGGCGAAGGAUGCCAAUGAGUGCUUGGAGAAAUUUCAGGUGAACCAGGACAAGGGCUUGUCCAGUGAGGAAGCCUCCAAGAGGAGGCAAGUCCAUGGUCCGAAUGAACUGGAGAGGCACGAAGGCCCGUCGAUUUUCAGAUUGAUUUUGGAUCAGUUCAACGAUACUUUGGUGAGGAUUUUGCUGGCCGCUGCUGUGAUUUCAUUUGUAUUGGCUUGGUAUGAUGGGGAUGAAGGUGGCGAGAUGGAGAUUACAGCGUUCGUCGAGCCUAUCGUGAUCUUUUUGAUCUUGAUCGUUAAUGCCAUAGUUGGGGUUUGGCAAGAGAAUAAUGCUGAAAAAGCUCUGGAAGCUCUGAAGGAAAUUCAAUCUGAUCAUGCCACCGUAUUCCGUGAUGGAAUCAAAACAUCUAACUUGGCUGCCAAGGAGCUUGUUCCAGGCGAUAUUGUUGAGUUGAAAGUAGGAGACAAAGUACCAGCCGACAUGAGGGUAUUGCGAUUAAUCAGCUCAACCCUUCGUGUUGAACAGGGGUCUUUGACUGGAGAGAGUGAAGCUGUCAGUAAGACCACAAAGGCUGUUGCAGAAGAUGCUGAUAUUCAGGGGAAGAAAUCCAUGGUCUUUGCUGGCACAACAGUUGUGAAUGGUAAUUGCAUUUGUUUGGUUACUCUUACUGGGAUGAGGACCGAAAUAGGAAAGGUUCACUUGCAGAUCCAUGAAGCAUCACAAUGUGAGGAUGAUACACCAUUAAAGAAAAAGCUGAAUGAGUUUGGAGAGGUUUUAACGGCCAUCAUUGGAGCAAUCUGUGCUCUCGUAUGGCUUAUUAAUGUGAAAUACUUCCUUUCUUGGGAGUUUGUUGAUGGAUGGCCUAGGAAUUUCAAGUUUUCAUUUGAGAAGUGCACUUACUACUUUGAAAUUGCAGUGGCAUUGGCUGUUGCUGCCAUUCCUGAAGGUUUACCAGCUGUCAUUACAACUUGUUUGGCACUUGGCACACGUAAGAUGGCUGCUAAAAAUGCCCUUGUUCGCAAGUUGCCCAGUGUUGAAACACUAGGUUGUACAACAGUUAUUUGCUCUGAUAAAACGGGGACUUUGACUACCAAUCAGAUGGCUGUAGCUAAACUCGUUGCCAUGGGUUCAAGGUCAAGUGCUCUGCGAUCAUUCAAUGUGGAGGGGACUACGUAUAACCCUUUUGAUGGGAAAAUACAAGAUUGGCCUUCUUGUGAAAUGGAUUCCAACCUUCAGAUGAUCGCAAAGAUUGCUGCUCUGUGCAAUGAUUCAGGUGUUGAAAAAUCAGGGCUGCACUAUGUUGCUACUGGAUUGCCAACUGAGGCAGCAUUAAAGGUUCUGGUUGAGAAGAUGGGGCUACCUGUUGGACUGGAUUCUAGUUCUUCUACAAGUCAUGGUGAUGCCUCAUGUUGCUCGUCUGCAUGGAACAAUAUUGAACGACGCAUUGGUACUCUUGAAUUUGACCGUGAUAGGAAGUCCAUGUCUGUUAUUGUGAGCUCCAGCUCUGGGAAAAAGUCAUUGUUCGUGAAGCUGGCCGAUAUUGGGAUUGCUAUGGGAAUUACUGGAACUGAGGUAGCAAAGGAAGCAUCCGACAUGGUUUUGGCCGAUGAUAAUUUCAGCACAAUUGUGGCAGCUGUUGGUGAAGGCAGGUCCAUUUACAACAACAUGAAAGCCUUCAUCAGGUAUAUGAUUUCAUCAAACAUGGGAGAAGUUGCUUCUAUCUUCCUUACAGCUGCGCUAGGUAUUCCCGAGGGCUUGAUCCCAGUCCAGCUUCUUUGGGUCAACCUGGUUACUGAUGGACCCCCGGCAACGGCAUUGGGUUUCAAUCCUCCAGACAAAGAUAUAAUGAAGAAACCACCCAGGAGAAGUGAAGACUCACUCAUCGAUACCUGGAUACUGUUCCGCUAUCUGGUGAUUGGUUCUUAUGUGGGUCUUGCAACAGUUGGAAUCUUCAUUAUAUGGUUCACCCAUCAUUCUUUCCUUGGCAUCGACCUAAGUGGGGAUGGUCACAGCCUGGUGACCUACUCCCAACUCUCAAACUGGGGGCAGUGCAGUUCUUGGAAGAAUUUCACCGCCUCCCCAUUCACGGCAGGGUCUCAGGUUUACAGCUUCAACGACAAUCCGUGCGAUUACUUCCAGACUGGCAAAAUCAAGGCCAUGACGCUGUCGCUCUCCGUACUGGUUGCCAUUGAGAUGUUCAAUUCCCUGAAUGCCCUUUCGGAGGACGGAAGUCUCUUGACCAUGCCCCCUUGGGUCAACCCAUGGCUUCUAGUGGCCAUGUCUGUCUCCUUCGGCUUGCACUUCUUGAUCCUGUACGUGCCUUUCCUAGCUCAAGUCUUUGGAAUCGUUCCCCUUAGCCUGAACGAGUGGUUGCUGGUGCUGGCGGUCGCAAUGCCUGUCAUAUUGAUAGACGAGGUUCUCAAGUUUGUGGGUAGGAGGAUGAGUGCUCGGACAAGGGGAAUGAAACCCGAGAAGCACAAGGCAGAAUAAAAAAUCUGAUAAGAUCCCGGUGACAUUGUUUGGAUUCACUAGACAUUUGUAAUGCUUUCAGAAGAUAGGAUUCAUUUAGCAGACUUGAAAACAAAAACACAUUUCCUCCCAAAGAAAAUCACCCAACAGUUGGGAGUUGAUCAUUAGGUUAUAUAAUUGGGGCAUAAACCGCAUCAUAUUUAUUAAAUUAAUUAAAUUACU